AUGGCUCAUGAGCUCAAAGCUGGCGGAGGUGCCAGCGAAGUUACUCGCUCCCUCUCCAACGUCGACCCCAUCAUCAGCGGCCAACUCGUCAAGCUCUUCCAGUCUCUGGCCGAUCGACAAGACAAGACCUGGAGCAAGGAGAGACUUGCCUCCUUCAUCACAGAUGUUCAACAAGAUGUCUCUUCACCCGCUGUCCAAGAGCUUCUCGCCAGAGACCACCUCGAUCUGGAUGGCUUCAUGGCCUGGAUGACGUCGUCUCAUGCAGCGGCUACAACCCCGCCUAGACCCCAAGAUCUCUCAUAUCCCCUUGCUUCCUACUUCAUCAGCUCCAGCCACAACACUUAUCUCACCGGGAACCAACUCUCAAGUGACAGCUCGACCAGGCCUUACACCGAAACUCUGCUGCGGGGCGGGCGCUGUAUCGAGAUCGAUGUCUGGGAUGGCGAUGAGUCUGACCCCGAGGGCACGAGUAGUCCUUCCAGCAGCGAUGAGGAGAGAGGUGUGAAAAAAGUUAAAGUUGUAAGAAAGACAAAAAACAAAAGCACUUUUGGAAAGCUCAAAGAAAAGCUCGCAAAGACGAGCCUCCAUGAUAAGGAUGAGUCCUCUGACCCCAACCCCGACCCCGCCUCCGGCCAACAGCCCUCUCCCGCUCCCGCUCCCGCUCCCGCUACCGCUCCGGGCGCCGAUCCCGAGUCUACAGAGCCCGAAGUCGCUAUCGUUGAGCCCCGUGUGCUGCACGGCUACACCCUCACCAAGGAGAUUUCCUUCAGAGCUGUCUGUGAGGCCAUUCGCGAGAGCGCCUUUGUUGUUAGCGACUUGCCCGUCAUCGUCUCCCUUGAAGUCCACUGCAAACCGGACCAGCAACUUGCAAUGGUCCGCAUUAUGAAGGAAGUCUGGGGCGACCUUCUCGUCCCAGAGCCCGAGAGCGAACCUGAUGCCCUACCCAGUCCAGAUGAACUGCGUCGAAAGCUCAUCGUCAAGGUUAAGUAUGCACCACCUGGUGCAGAUGCCACUCAAGAGGAGAGUGAGGAGGAGGACAGGGCACCAGCCCCCGGUGCUCAAGCUGGUAAUGCUCCGCCAAAGAAGCCGGCAAAGAUUAUACAGGAGCUGAGUCGUAUGGGCUUCCAUGCGCGGGGCGUGUCUUUCAAGAGCUUGACUCAGCCAGAAGCUGGUAUGCCCACACACAUAUUUUCCCUGUCAGAGAAGAAGGUCAUCGAUGUGCACGAGAAGCAAGCGUCUGAUCUGUUCAACCACAAUCGACACUUUCUCAUGAGAACUUAUCCUUGGGGUCUGCGAAUAGGAUCAUCCAAUCUCGACCCUUCUGUUUUCUGGCGCAAGGGUAUUCAGAUCGUUGCGCUGAAUUGGCAGAGGUGGGAUGAGGGCAUGAUGCUCAACGAAGGCAUGUUUGCUGGAACAGGAGGAUAUGUCCUCAAACCUCAAGGCUACCGUCCAAACCGCAACGACGAAGAAACCGAAAAUACCAUCAUCCGGAAAUCACUCCAUCUCACAAUCACAGUCCUCGCCGCUCAAAACAUCCCCCUCCCACCAGGCGACACAUCCACCAGAGGCUUUGAGCCCUACGUCAAAGUCGAGCUUCACGUCGAAGGACCUGAUGAAUUCCACGGCGGCCCUGUCCCUAACGAAGGACACGAGCGUGAGGGUGAAUACAAGGCCCGCACAAAGACACACCGUGGCAACAUGGUUGACUUUGCUGGUGAACGUCUCGAAUUCCCCCCUGUGCCUCAUGUCGUCGAUGAACUCUCAUGGGUGCGAUUUACAGUGCGUGAUGAUGAGAUUGGAAGGGAUGAUUUGGCGGCUUGGGCUUGCAUGAGACUCGAUAGGCUGGGUAAUGGGUACCGGUUUGUGCAUCUCAUGGAUUGCGAGGGUCGCAUCACGGAUGGUGCGAUUUUUAUCAAGGUUGAUAAGAAGUUGGUUUAG